AACGGGACCAAGAACCCCUUUCAUAGUCACUUCAGGUGAAAGGUGCGUGUGAGGAGUUGCAGGUGACUCAUUCACUACUUGGCCGAAAACAGCAUUCCUUCUCAGAACUCCCAAUACCCUCACUCGUGUCCUCAUUCUCACUCUCUCUCUCUCUCUCUCUCUCUCUCUGCCUGCGGCCUCGAAGUGGUACAAUCCCGUCGCAAUUUACAUAUCCACGACAGUUACGAACAUGUUGCUGGUGUCUUGUUCUUCCAGUCUUCGCACAGAUAUUGUUGCAAUUGCACAGUCAACCCAGCUAGCUGCAUUACUUUGACGUUGUGUUGAUGGAAGACUAGUUAGAGCGGGAGGGAGACAGGAGGUAGAGGUUGAUAAUGGUGGGACGUUCAACGCCGUGACUAGAGCUGUGUCUGCUACAAGAGGACGUGUUUGAAUCACUCUGAAAAUCAUUAAGAGUAGUGGUUACGCCGAUUAAAGGUAGAGGUUAUUGCACGGUGACGUUGGUGAUGGUGACACGAUUUAGAGAUGAAAUUAUGAUGUGAGCUUAGAUAGUCGGCCUGUUGCUGUCUCGAGCGAGUUGGAACUAGACGUGAGUGCUGGUACGGAUUGUAAGGGAAACUGCAGUGUCAAGCUGCUGCGUUGUGGUGGCAAAUACAGGUGAGAGGGAUUAAGAGAAACGGCGCCAACUUGCAACAGUUCUUCCUAGCCCGACAAGCUACGUAGAGAAGAAAAUUUUGCGGUGGAAAGUGAAGAACUAUAUGAUGACUCUUCACACAUCUGCACAACAGUGCAACCUACACGGCACAUCCUCUCAUCAACGGAUCUCAAGCUAACAUUCAGUCGUUGUACUUUAGAUUCUCGUAAACAAUCACGUUUUGACGUUGUACUACUCCCUGUACACUGCCGGUGUAGUAGUCCUGAGGUUUUGGAGCAGCCCGGAGUAUAAACCCAUGCGACAAGACAGACGUGACAUUCCACAAGGUUUUCGUGUACCGUUGAAUGUUGGCGAUAUUCUGCGAGAAAAUUCUGAGAGGGCUUUACAGUGCCUAGUCUUUAAUGAAAGCGUAAUCGUACACCAGAGCUCGUGUACACUGAACCAUCAACUACGGCUUUUCGACCAUCGCCCGCUUGCAGUUCGAGCAAAUUCUGAAAGAGCGAAGGUGGGAACUGCAAACCGGGUGUUGAAAAUGUUGCCUCCUAGCUCCUGACAAAGUCUACGAAGUCGGCUUCGCAACUUACAAUCAUGCACUCCGAUUGCCUGAUCUCUUCUUAAACUUAGGAUCGUCUGUCCGAAUUCAUUCCAGCCGAGCACAUGCCUCACCAUCUACAUUGUGAAUCCCUCACCAAUGCUUGCCGACUUACAAGGCUUUUCGCUGCAAGAGAUCUCCUGCACACAUUACGCCUGCAAUCUCGUGUCUUGGCGUUUUGCAGAGCUUGCGUUACGAGGCUUGUGUAGAAGAAAAGAAAUUGCAGACAUAUAUGGAUUCGAGACCUGGGUUACCGCCUGUGAACCCCAUGCUCCUGCAACACAUUUUGCGUGGUUUGUGCACCGACUCGCACUGGGUUUAUGCUGUUCUCUGGCGCAUCUUGCCACGCAAUUACCCUCCACCUCAAUGGGACCCAGAAGGUAGCACCAUGGACAGGUCCAAGGCUAACAAACGCAAUUGGAUUUUGGUGUGGGAGGAUGGGUUUUGCAACUUCUCCGCGUGCGCUGGGCCAAGCUGCGACUCCAGGGCUGGAAGCUCCUCAUUUUUGUCUGUGCGACAGUCGCCGAGCAACGAUGGAAAUUCUGAGGCCAUGAAUCCGGAGCUCUUCUUCAAGAUGUCACAUGAAGUCUACAACUAUGGCGAAGGCUUAAUGGGCAAAGUAGCUGUCGAAAAUAGCCACAAAUGGGUGCACCGUGAGCCCCUGGAGAACGAGAUGAGCUUUCUGUCUCCCUGGCAAACCUCCCUGGAUCCUCAUCCACGCACAUGGGAGGCGCAUUUCAAGUCCGGAAUCCAGACGAUCGCAGUGGUUUCUGUGCAAGAGGGUGUGCUUCAGCUGGGAUCCACAAUCAAGAUCGUGGAGGAUUUGAACUUUGUGCUCUACAUGCAACGGAAGUUCAACUUCUUAUACUCCAUCUCUGGUGGGUUAGUGCCUACUUCAGUGGUAUCCGGCGGCAGUAGACCAUCAAACGGUUUGCCAUUAGAAGGUGGCCAUAGCUAUGGUCAAUUAAGUCGGAGAUCCAUCGACCAAUUCCUGCAACCAUGGGUGCGGCCUCAUGAUCUAUGGCGGCCAACGACGAACUCCACCUUCGCAGGUAUGAAGCGGCCCUCGGAGUACGUGGAGCCUCUCAGUGUGACAGAGUACUCAUAUCUCGACGGCAGCGGCUUCGAACAGUGUCGGCCGGAGUGUCCGUCCUCUCCGAAAGCUCUCAAUGCGGGGCACACUAGUCCCCUGCUCUCGCCCAGCUCCUCUAUGCCGGCCGUGGUGCCAUCCAUGUCAAGCCUCCACGCGCUGUUGUCAAAGCUUCCGAGCGUGAAAACUCUAGACGCCGAGAAUGAAACCUCUAGACUACUCACAAGCUGCGCACUUCCGAGCAACAGACUUGAAGGGAAUUUUACGUGUAAUCUACCGCCGAUGCCUCAACCGGUGAGCAAGAUACACUCGGAGAGAGCACAAGCCAAGGAGGCAAUAUCAGCUGGCAAGAGGGUGGUGAUCAUAGGCGAGCUGAUGGCUAGCGGCAUUGAGAUGAGCCCUCCCAAUUCAGGGUCGGAUUUGACUCACUCUACCGUGGGCGAAGGUAUGGAGGAGCAACAGAACCAAAGCACGAUGGCAAGGGAGAAUUAUUUGUACGCCAAUUCGACGUUCCUAGAGACAUUUGAUAAACUCAACGGAUACGAAACUCCGGAAUCGCUGGACAAUGGCGACUCCAGUUACAGUUCGUUCCUGAACGAGAUUUGCAGUUGAUAGGGACUUCGAAUGCCUGCAACCGCCAUGACCUGAACAAUCUAGAUAAUCUCGAAGGUGUCAAUAAUUGAUGACUGGGAAGAAGAUUGUUCGGUCUGCGACAAGGACCAUGCAGCUCGCAGCCUCGAGUGUAACCAGUGCAAAUUUCUUGGAGGGGGGAGUACGGUAGAACUGGAAUUCAUUGUACAGCGUAAGGUAGACUAUGGCACCAUCAGUAGAUAGCGUUAAUUUCGUUUCAGUGUGUGCGAGUGUGCAUGUCAAAACUUGAAUCAAUGUUUGGUCUUCUUGCCCAAGGCUGAAAUGAAAUAGCUCGUAACAUUGCCUAUC